UAACAAUUCACCUGUUUAUCAUAGGCCUAUUUUUAAGCGAAGAUGAAUGGUGGUGGUCACUGAUUUCUUCAGUGAAAGGCACUUGGCGACACUCCCUUACAUUUCUGCUGAGAGUCAUCAAUUAUGCAGCCAGGGUAGCUGCAAGUACUGAGAGGGAAGAUAGCAGCAACAAUAUGGCGACAACCGCAGUUUCUCCCGAAUCUUUUCGACAUCUGCACUCCAACAACGCCUUUCUGGGUUCCUUGUAACGCUUAUAAAAGCUGGUUACAGUGGAUGGUACAAUACUUGACGACCAAGUAGCUGCAGGAUGAAAACAUGGCUGCACCCCUUAUGGCACCACCAGGACCUGACAGCUUCAAGUAUUUUACCGCGGAAUCAUUGGCUAACAUCGAGCUCCGGAUCAACGAGGAGAAGAACAAACCGCCGCCCAAGCAGGACAGCAGUCACCGUGACGACGACGAUGACAACAAACCCAAGCCCAACAGUGACCUGGAGGCUGGGCGGAAUCUGCCCUUCAUCUAUGGCGACAUCCCUAGUGGAAUGGUGGCGACACCACUGGAGGAUUUGGACCCCUUUUACCAGGCUCAGAAAACAUUCAUAGUGCUAAACAGAGGGAAGACAAUCUUCCGCUUUAGUGCCAACCCUGCCUUGUACAUCAUAAGUCCUUUUAAUCUUUUCAGGCGAAUAGCUAUAAAAAUUUUGAUACAUUCUCUUUUCAGCAUGAUCAUUAUGUGUACUAUUUUGACCAACUGUAUAUUCAUGACUUUUAGUGAUCCUCCUGAGUGGUCCAAACAAGUAGAGUACACGUUCACAGGGAUUUAUACGUUUGAAUCUCUUGUAAAAAUUGUCGCUCGAGGAUUCUGUAUAGAUGGGUUUACAUUCCUAAGGGAUCCAUGGAACUGGCUGGAUUUCAUGGUCAUUUCUAUGGCGUAUAUAACAGAGUUUGUAAACCUAGGCAAUGUCUCAGCUCUGCGCACGUUCAGAGUGUUGAGGGCAUUGAAAACUAUUUCUGUAAUUCCAGGCCUGAAGACCAUUGUCGGUGCUCUAAUCCAAUCUGUGAAGAAAUUGUCAGACGUUAUGAUCCUCACGGUCUUCUGUCUCAGUGUCUUCGCUCUGAUUGGACUACAGCUCUUCAUGGGCAACCUACGGCAAAAAUGCGUGAUUUGGCCAAUCAACUCCACCGAGAACUACUUGGCCAACGGCAGCAAAGGCUUCGACUGGAAUGAAUACAUCAAUAACGACACCAAUUUCUACUUCCUGCCUGGACAAUUGGAUGCCCUUUUAUGUGGCAACAGUUCAGAUUCUGGCCGCUGCCCCGAGGGCUACACAUGCAUGAAAGCUGGGAGGAAUCCAAACUACGGUUACACCAGCUUCGAUAGCUUUGGAUGGGCUUUCCUGGCUCUCUUCAGACUCAUGACACAGGACUUCUGGGAGAACCUCUACAUGCUGACCCUGCGGGCAGCAGGGAAGACCUACAUGAUCUUCUUUGUGUUGGUGAUCUUCGUGGGGUCCUUCUACCUGGUCAAUCUGAUCCUGGCUGUGGUGGCCAUGGCCUAUGAGGAGCAGAACCAGGCCACCAUGGAGGAGGCCGAGCAAAAAGAGGCUGAGUUCAAAGCCAUGCUGGAGCAGAUCAAGAACCAGCAAGAGGCUGCACAGGAGGCCACACAGGCCAACGCCAUGGCGACGUCGGCAGGCACGGUGUCGGAGGACGUAGCGGAGGACGACGGUGGGGGGAACCUGUCCUGUAGCUCGUCAGAGAUGUCCAAGCUCAGUUCCAAGAGCGCCAAGGAGCGGCGCAACCGCAAGAAGAAGUGGCGCCAGAAAGAGCAGUCACAGAGGGAGGAGAAAGGGGACUGCGAGAAGUUCGUCAAAUCCGAGUCAGACGACGGCAGCAAGAGGAGCCGCUUCCGUUUCCCUGACAACCGGUUGGGUCGAAAGUCUUCCAUCAUGAACCAGUCCCUCCUCAGUAUCCCAGGCUCGCCGUUCCUGUCGAGGCACAACAGCAAGAGCAGCAUCUUCAGCUUCAAGGGCCGCGGCAAGGACGUGGGCUCCGAGAACGAGUUCGCCGAUGACGAGCAUAGCACUGUGGAGGAGUGCGAGGAGAGGCGGGACUCCCUGUUCAGCCCGUACCGACGGAGCAGCUACACGGGCUACCACCAUGGCGGCGGGAAGAGGAACUCAACGGUGGACUGCAACGGCGUGGUGUCGCUGAUCAGUCCGGGGACCGGCGGACGCCUUCUGCCUGAGGUGAAAAUAGAUAAGGCAUCUGCUGACGACAGUCCCACUACUGAGGUUGAGGUGAAGAAGAAGCUGUCUGGUUCCCUGAUGGUGUCUGUGGACCAGCUCAAUACCUCCUUCGGAAGGAAAGAGCGGGCCAACAGUGUCAUGAGCGUCAUCACCAACACACUAGUGGAGGAACUGGAGGAGUCUCAGCGUAGUUGUCCACCUUGCUGGUAUAAGUUCUCCAACAUCUUCCUCAUCUGGGAGUGUUGUCCCAUCUGGCUGAAGAUCAAGGAGAUUGUCAACCUGAUCGUCAUGGACCCUUUCGUGGACCUGGCCAUCACCAUCUGUAUCGUCCUCAACACCCUCUUCAUGGCCAUGGAGCACUACCCCAUGACCCCGCACUUUGAGGAGGUGCUGUCUGUGGGAAAUCUGGUGUUCACAGGGAUCUUUGCUGUGGAGAUGUUUGCCAAGCUGGUUGCCAUGGAUCCUUACUACUACUUCCAGGAAGGGUGGAACUGCUUUGAUGGCUUCAUUGUGACCCUAUCGUUAGUGGAGCUGGCAUUGGCUGACGUGGAGGGGCUGUCCGUGCUCAGAUCAUUCCGAUUGCUAAGAGUGUUUAAACUGGCCAAGUCAUGGCCCACACUCAACAUGCUGAUCAAGAUCAUCGGUAACUCUGUUGGCGCCCUGGGAAACCUGACCCUCGUCUUAGCGCUCAUCGUCUUCAUCUUUGCCGUGGUCGGCAUGCAGCUGUUCGGCAAGAACUACAAAGACUGUGUGUGUAAGAUCGCCCUGGACUGUAAGCUGCCCCGCUGGCACAUGCACGACUUCUUCCACUCGUUCCUGAUGGUGUUCCGGGUGCUGUGCGGGGAGUGGAUCGAGACCAUGUGGGACUGUAUGGAGGUGGCCGGACAGGGCAUGUGUCUCAUCGUCUUCAUGAUGGUCAUGGUCAUCGGGAACUUGGUGGUGUUGAACCUUUUCCUUGCCUUGCUGCUGUCCUCGUUCAGCGCAGACAACUUAGCCGCAACAGAUGACGACGGAGAGAUGAACAACCUUCAGAUCUCCGUCAUCCGCAUCAAGAAGGGCAUCGCCUGGUUCAAGAUCAAGCUGGCAGAGUUGGUGCUCAGCUUGACCAAGAAGCCGCCGGUGGAGGAUGAACAGAAACCUUUAGACGACAUGUACAACAAGAAACUGAACUGUAUCGCCAACCACAGUGGUGUGGAUAUCAACCGCGACCUGGACUAUACCAAGAAUGGUAACGGCACCACUAGUGGUAUAGGGAGCAGCGUCGGGAAGUACAUGAUCGACGAGGACCACAUGUCCUUCAUCCACAACCCGAACCUGACCGUGUGCGUUCCCAUCGCGGUCGGAGAGUCCGACUUCGAGAACCUCAACACCGAGGACUUCAGUAGCGAGUCGGAGAACGAGAACAGCAAAGAGGGGCUGGAUGACACCAGCUCAUCGGAGGGCAGCACCAUAGACAUCAAGCCUGAUGUGGAGGUGGAGGCGGUGGUGGUGGAGGCUGUGGAAGAGUACCUAGACCCAGAAAACUGUUGGACACCUGAGUGUAUUAUCAAGUAUCCAUGCUGCGACGUGCCCAUCACUCACGGGUGGGGAAAAUAUUGGUGGUUCCUGAGAAAGACAUGCUAUCUAAUUGUGGAGCAUAACUGGUUCGAAACCGUCAUUAUCUUUAUGAUCCUACUCAGUAGUGGGGCCCUGGCUUUUGAGGAUGUGUACAUCCAGCAGAGGAAGACCAUCAGGACCAUCUUGGAAUACGCCGACAGUGUGUUCACAUACAUCUUUAUCCUAGAGAUGUUGCUCAAGUGGGUCGCCUACGGAUUCCACAAGUACUUCACCAACGCCUGGUGCUGGCUCGACUUCUUUAUUGUCGAUGUGUCUAUAAUCAGUCUGGUAGCUAAUGCACUGGGCUACUCGGAUCUAGGUCCUAUUAAAUCACUAAGGACACUAAGGGCCUUGAGACCCCUCAGAGCCUUGUCACGUUUUGAAGGGAUGAGGGUGGUAGUCAACGCCCUGGUGGGAGCCAUCCCCUCCAUUAUGAAUGUGUUGCUGGUUUGCCUCAUCUUUUGGCUGAUUUUCAGUAUCAUGGGAGUCAACUUGUUUGCGGGCAAGUACUACUACUGUUUCAACCAGACCUCAGAGGAUAACUUUCUUGCCACCGAGGUCAACAACAAGACACAGUGCCUGGCCCUUAUUAAUCAGAACUUCACUGAGGUCAGGUGGAAGAAUGUCAAGAUCAACUUUGACAAUGUUGGUGCUGGAUACCUGGCUCUGCUUCAAGUGGCAACAUUCAAAGGCUGGAUGGAUAUCAUGUACGCAGCCAUAGACUCCAGAAGAGUGGAGGACCAGCCCAUCUAUGAAGACAACCUCUACAUGUACAUCUACUUUGUCAUCUUCAUCAUCUUCGGAUCCUUCUUCACCCUCAACCUCUUCAUUGGUGUCAUCAUUGACAACUUCAACCAACAGAAAAAAAAGUUUGGAGGUCAGGACAUCUUCAUGACAGAGGAACAGAAGAAGUACUACAAUGCCAUGAAGAAACUGGGUUCAAAGAAGCCCCAGAAACCCAUUCCCAGACCACAGAACUAUAUCCAAGGGUUGGUGUUUGACUUUGUGACCCAGCAAGUCUUCGACAUCUCCAUUAUGAUGUUGAUCUGCCUCAACAUGGUCACCAUGAUGGUGGAGACAGACGACCAGUCGGACGAGACAGAGAACAUCCUCUAUUGGGUCAACUUCAUUUUCAUCGUGGCUUUCACCAUCGAGUUCGUCCUGAAACUCUUCGCCCUGCGCCACUACUACUUCACCAAUGGCUGGAACGUGUUCGACACAGUCGUGGUCAUCCUGUCCAUCGCGGGCAUGUUCCUGGCUGACAUCAUUGAGAAGUACUUCGUUUCGCCAACCCUUUUCAGGGUUAUCCGAUUGGCUCGAAUCGGCCGCAUCCUGCGUCUGAUCAAAGGAGCCAAGGGCAUACGGACUUUACUCUUCGCCUUGAUGAUGUCACUUCCAGCCCUGUUCAACAUUGGCCUCCUGCUCUUCCUGGUCAUGUUCAUCUUCAGCAUCUUCGGAAUGUCCAACUUUGGCUACGUCAAACACGGGGCCGGGAUAGACGAUAUGUAUAACUUUGAGACCUUCGGGAACAGCAUGAUCUGCUUAUUCAUGAUCACUACUUCUGCAGGCUGGGAUGGUCUCUUGCUCCCAAUCCUCAACUACCCUCCUGACUGUGACCCAACCAUGGAGAACCCAGGUGCACCGUCUACAGGCAACUGCGGCAACCCCUCAGUCGGCAUAUUUUUCUUUGUCAUGUAUAUCAUUAUUUCCUUCCUUGUCGUAGUCAAUAUGUACAUCGCCAUCAUCUUAGAGAAUUUCAGUGUAGCGACAGAAGAGAGCGCCGACCCGCUCAGUGAAGACGACUUCGAGACCUUCUAUGAAAUCUGGGAGAAAUUCGACCCCUCCGCUUCCCAGUUCAUCACCUUCCAAAAACUGGGUGACUUUGCCGACACCCUGGAGCACCCUUUCCGCGUUCCCAAACCCAACACCAUCGAGCUGAUCGCAAUGGACAUGCCCAUGGUCAGCGGCGACCGCAUCCACUGCCUGGACAUCCUGUUUGCCUUCACCAAGCGUGUGCUGGGCGACAGUGGGGAGCUGGACAUGCUACGCACACAGAUGGAGGAGCGCUUCGUGGCGGCUAACCCGUCCAAGGUCUCAUACGAGCCCAUCACUUCUACACUGCGCCGGCGCCAGGAGGACGUAUCCGCACGGUGCAUCCAGAAAGCCUACCGCGCUCACCUGCUUAAACGGGGCUUCAUCUGCAAGCGCAGGCCCAAGACCAAGCUGGAGAAUGGUGGGACCAACAACGAGGAGAAGAAAGAGAGCACACCCUCCACCGCCUCUCUUCCCUCGUACGACAGCGUGACCAAACCUGACAAGGAGAAACAGGAGGAGAACGAGGGAGAGAGGAAAGAGAAGGACAGAAACCAAAAAGAUGAGCGUGAAUCGAAGUGUUAGUUAGGGUUCAGUGACUGUCAUUAGCAAAUUAAGACACACAACGAGAACAGACUCUGAGCCCAACAAACAGACAACUGUAUAAAAAGAUCAUUUGCAAGUAAAAAAAAAAAAUGUACGAAAACUAUAUAAAAAAACAAUUGUUUACGGACUUAAAUACAAUACAAAAUGAAGGAUCGAGAUUCGUCGUUGGAUACUUAGGGUCGGUUGAAGAAAACCACCGAUGGCGAUGUACAUGUUGCCCACGAUAAGGAUUUAGUUAGGACACCAUCAUUAUCACAAAAGGAUUUUACUGCCUAAUGAUGAAUUUCUUCUUUAUAUCUUGGAAAUAAUGUGAGGAAGAACCAUGAUAAUAUAAAUAAUUAUCAAUAAUAACUCAAUAAUAAUAAAAGUGUGUUCUCAUUGACAUACUACAUAUUACAUAUAUGUUGGGUAUUGUCGGGAAAAAAAGGGACAGAAACCCUUGCAAACAAAAUGGAGGGAGAUUUAUUGGAGCAAAUAGUCUCUGACUGCCACCACCCUGUGUGGACGAGCCCCUGCAGCGAAAGGUCCACCACUAUGGGAGCACCCCAGGAGUGGAACGGAACGGAACACUUACAGAACCCUCUAGAACUGUUCUACUACGCAGUCUGACUGGGACUCUGGAACAUCCAGUUCCUGUACUGUCCUUGUUAUCAAGGAAACGCAUACAAUAAUCAACGUCUAAGCAAGUUUUAAAUACAAAGAAUGAGAGAUUAGAGAAAGAAGGGAAAACCCCCCAGAACAGUAGACAAAGGGUUUUUACUUUUCGUUUGUUUGUGCUGAAUAUACUUGCGUCUUUACAUUAUUUGAGCAGCAAAAGAAAGACAGAACAAAUAACGUUUUAGCCCCAUGUCACACUUGCCUCUUCUCAUCUUCUCUCUCUUUGUUAUACUGACAUAAUGGAAAAUACAUUUUCUACAUGGGCUUUCACACUGUCACACUGGGUAGGGGGCAUUAGUCAGCGUUUUGACUUGGGCUGAAGAAGGGCGGGGACUCGCUCUGACCGACCGAGUCUCAGAUAACUAAUAAUUAUUGUGCUCGUUCAAUGCAUAGAAAUGACUUGCAUGAAGGCAUGUUUUGAUCAGGAAUCAUGCAUGACGUAAUCAUAGUCCACAAGACACGAAUUCUCUGACCACUACAAUGGCUUGACCAUACGUUUGAGGCCGUCCACUGGAAAAUGUAUACGAGAAAUAUAACUGGAAAAUGAUUUAUAUAUAUAUAUAUAUAUAUAUAUAUAUAUAUAUACAUCUAUAUAUACAAUAUUGAAGGAAUAAAGUGGUAUGACCUACCCUUUACUAUAAUGUUGCUUUUCAACUGCCAGACCAAUCUUUUUAUGAAGCCCGUUGGGAUUUUAACAGGGGAUGUAGUGAGGCACUCAGAGGCAAAGCUUUAUUCAGGCACAUUUAUGAAAAAUAGAAACUAGAAGGGUUUUCUGCUGCUCUGUUUGUGCUGAGAGGGAUAGGGAAAGUUGCUGCUGAGUUGUACCAAGAGUAUAUCUUCAGGAUGAGGAUGCACAGAUUUAGAAAAAACAACUUUUCAGACCAUUCUAAGGAAACCAAAUCUGGGGCUUAGCAACAUACCUUGAUUUACCUUUUGACAUCCAACGGUUACCACCCUUGCCUGUGUUACUAUGGUUACCAGUCUUAGCUGUGUUUACUACGGCUACUCCCCUUACCUGUGGUCUCCAACCAACUCCGUCUUGUUGUUGUUGCUGUGGCAGUACGAACAGGCAAUGUUUGAUGCCAUAUCCUGUAUAGCCAUAUCCUUUACAGAUUUGUGUGUAGCGAGCUCAAGUGUCAGUUGACAUGUUUAAUUCUCCUCCAAUGCUUUGUCUAUCUGUGGACAGAGAAGAGAGAGUGUCAUCUGUAGGGGGAGAAGUAACCGAUUUUGAAACAGCUGUUUGAAAUGUACUAAAGAUAUAGCGAUGCUUCCAUAGAUUCGUUCUUCUUUUCCUAUCUGUUCCGUCCACUUCUGUCCUCUUGUCACUGAGUUUAGUUCCCUAUUAGAAUAUUGUUCACUGUGACCCAGUGGUACAUCGAUGGCCUUUUCCAGACACUUUGAGUUGCCAGCUCUGAAGUAAAUAGAUGUACCUUCUCUGAAUCUGAUGUCCUUCUUGCAGUGCAAUCAUUCUCAGAAGAAAGCUCGAAUUUUCGAGCAGUGAGAAUGUAUGUGGCGUAGCCUUCUAUAAAGCAGCACAAGAUGCAUACUAUAGAAGUAACAUAGAGGACAGAUAGAGGUUACAUAGAGCAGAUGCAGCAAGACGUGCUCAGUCACUCCUGGCAUGAUGUGCUGUAGGACUAAAAGACGGUCAGCCAUGGAAGGUUUGUAAGAGAAUAAAAACGGAUCUGAUUUGAUAGGCUUAAUUAGGGAGGUGGAGGAUGGUAUAACAAUGGACCAAUGGAGAGACUCGACAGAUCCUCUCCCGGACCCUCCACAGUUUCUAGACUGACUGCCAUGAAUGAAAAUGAUCAGAGAAAGUCAAGACGGCGAGCCAGAGCAGCAGGGAGAAUAGUGAUUUUGUCUUCUUAGGAGUGAGUGCUGAAAGUCCCAUGUUUGUCAGUGUAUCAUUGCGCUUUGUGGGACCGCUUCAACACUGUUUGUAGUGUAUGGAUGUUGGACCCAGGCUUGCAUCACCAUGUCAUAUGCUAGCAGGCUAUUCUUUUAUUGGUCACCUGCUGUAUGUUUGAUAAAUGAAAAAUCUGCCUGGGGGUAAGCUCAAAGUGGCGUGAACCGUCCAACCGUAGUUUCUCACAGAUAGAAGUCUCACAGACUAUCAGAUAGGCCUUGUAUGAUCAACUCGUAUCAACUCAUGGUAAGUUGAUUCAUGGUUCACAGUAGAAUCGUGCCUUUAAGAACACGUGAGGCGUUUUCAAAGGCAGUUUGAAGCUACUACGACUCAGAUGAAACAAGAUGAGAGCGCGAGCGCUAGGCCAGGCCAGGCCAGCGUAGGCCGGACCAACGAUACGAGUCAGAUCUCUGUGAGUGACAGGCAGGUUAGACAAGAUGAGACAUAAUAUUAACACUUCCUCUUUAAGGUGUCUGCUGUUUUUUUUUACACAGGCGUGAUGGUCGGUCCUCUAUACGAACAAACAAACAAACGGAUGCCUGGUCGAACAACGACCUGGUAUCUACAGACACACCACUAAAGCCAUUGUGGUGUGUUGAUUGAACACUGCCUGUACCCGUACCUGAUAUCCCCAUGUCCUGUCUAUUAUAAUACUAUCUAGAGGACUGUUUACAAUAUGAAGACAUGUCUCCAGAUAACGUCCGUCUGUUUGGCUGCUGCACACUUAAAACCAAAUACAUUCCCGAUUGAUCGUUCACUGACGAUACAACCAUAAGAGCAAACAAUGCCAUCCAAUUUUAACCCGUGUUCAUUUUGGAUGUGAUGUUUUAGAUGAGUGAUGCAUUGAUCAUUGAACUUACUUGGAGAGAAAAAAAAAUGAACAAAAACAAGAAAUAUAUGUACAGUGCAGGCUAUGGUGGCACAAUCACUGAAAAGGAAGGAACUUUUUGAGAGAAACUAUAAAUAAUGUACUAUAUUCUUUUAUUUUAUCGGCAUGCUUUGUUGUGUUUUUUGUAAAUACGGAGUUUUAAAAAGUUACCACUAAUAAUGUAAAAUGAAACAAUAACAGUAUAGAAUGGCUUCCAGCUAUGCCCUUUGUCACAUUUGUUACCUUUUGGAUUUUUUGAGACACUUUUCACUUUGUUGACGGAAAUUGAAUGAAAUAUAGAUAUUAUAUAAUACAAAAAUAUAUAUACAUGUAUACAUAUAUAUGUCUAUAUGUAUAUACAUAUUACAAAAGAACACUGUUUGUUUGUCACAUUUGAUUUAUGUGCAACAUGUUCAGUGGCUGUCUAAAACUGGUUGGUUUCCAGCACCCUACUGUAUGUGUUGGGGAAUAGCUCAUACAAUGUCACUGGAGCUGCUGCCAUGGAUUGUAGCCUGAUAUGAUUAGAGGUUUAUGCUACCAGCACAUUUCUCACAUUCUCCUGCAAACGUUUCAUACUUUUUCACCUUCACUUAACAGAACACAAACACAGAAUAGACACACACACACACAUCCAAAUAAACACACAAACUUUUCACUCACCAACCUAACUAAUCAGUCAUUUGUCCCAACAAGAUGAAGUAGGUUGGAUGUGACUGCCUCUUCCAGUGAAGAUGGAGUAUGUCUAUCCCAGCCGAGGCGUAGUAGAUCUAUCUAUGGAUAGAUCCAUAGAUAGAUCCAACGCUCUAGUAUCUAUCUAUCUACACAUAAGAUCUAGCAGGCCAAUCUAUCGUUACAUGUCAAUGUAAAUGUAUCUAUCCACACCUACAGCCACAAAGCCUACUAGGAGUAACUACCCACACAUAAAUACAGCCACACAACAUCAGUACUGUUACAGUUCAACAAUUCAAUGUCUGAUCAUUUGUGCUUCAAUCGUCUCUCACUUUUACUUUGAAUGGUUUGUUUCUAAUCUAGUGUUUAACUCCACUCAUUGGCAUGUGCCUUUUUCUGCUUUUUUCUGUGAUUUUUGGGAAGAUGAUAAUACCACACUUAAAUUUUCAAAACUGUGUAAGGAGGGAACAGGUGAGGGUGGGGUGGUCGUUGAGUUGAAACGUAUGGAGCACAACAUAUAUCGGGGACUCGAGACUACAGCACGACACCGUCUGUCCGUACCAUACGGCGCAAGGAGUCAGAAAUUAUACUGCCGAGGAUCAGAUCAUCCUAACAACUAUUACAGGCGAGAAAACAAACUAACACCCCACUUCUUCCCUUCUAGAUAGGCUUCAACAAUGUGAUGUUACCUAACAAAACAGCUCAAACUCAAAAUGUUAUGUUUCUUGUGCUUAUGUGUGUCACCCACUUCUAUCGCUUGUGAAAAAGCAGCUUGCCUUCUAUAUUUCUGUUCUUUCCAUCUGAAAUUUAUUUUUGUAUCAAUAUUGAAUUAAUUAAAUUACGGGACUCUGUUUUCUUUUUUUCUUUUUUUUUGGCAUGGAUUUAUUACAGGCUUUUUUCUUUUUUUGCUGAAAAAUAAUUAAAAAGUGCUUUUCAAACUGUUGUUUAUCAUUUGAACACCGUGAUAUAAAACAGGAUAUAUACAGUAUGAUGGUAGUGAUGCACAACCACUUGGACUCUUAGUAAGAACUUAUGAAAGAUUGUCUUCAUUUGAGCACGAACCUUUUUAUUACCAAUAAAGCAGCCUUCCAGUUA